AGACGCUGAGGAAGCGCGAAGAUUUCGAGCGCGCAAAUACGGCUUCGAUUACCAAAUCAAUGUCUCCCUUUUCGCGAGACACGCCGGACGGAAGAUGGCUUUUAAUUAAAUAAAUUUCUUCUGGGCUACUUCUUCUUCGUCUUCUGCUGCUGCCGCUGCGGGGGCUUUUACUUCAUUUGAGUUCAUCUCGGCUCUACAAAUUACAUUAGCGUGCUACGGCACGAGAUCGAUUCAACUUUAAAGAUAAUCGAAAAGUCGACCAAUAGUCGAGGAAAAAAAAUGACCAACCAACAAAUAUCGAAAUCCGUCGGACUGGAGUCCAGCCUCACCAGCGUGGAAUCCACAUCGAGCGAUUCAAGCGGCUGCAACUUCUGGCAAACAGUCCUGGUCCUAUGCAACGUGAUCAAUCACGUGCUGGUGUUGCUGACUACCGGCUACCUUGCUUACUUGUCCCGGGACUUGAGUAACGUCACGAAUCUCCACGUCUUGCUCUGCACGAUUGGGUACGUCCUGCUGAUGUCCGAGGCAAUAGUGACCCUCACAGGAGAGAACGUCUGGAGUCGAAAGUUAACUCGUCGCUCCAACAGUCAUCUGCACUGGAUCUUGCAAGUACUGGGCGCGGCUUUCAGUAUAGCCGGAGUCUACGUCAUGUACGCCCAAAGACGCCAACACUUCCGCUCGGUUCACGCUCUCGCGGGUAUCGCGUCCGUCGGUGCCAUAAUCGGCAUCUUCUUCACCGGAUUACCAGCUCUCUUCGCGGGCAGACUACGCAAGGUCGUGCGACCGGUCAUUGGCAAGUUCUUCCACAACUUUCUGGGCAUCCUCUGCUUCGUCGUCGGGAUGGUGUCCCAGAUUCAUGGCUAUAAGAAGGGCUGGCUGAUCCGACAGACCUCCAGCGAGGUGUCCAUGGUGAUGAUCGUGACCACGGCAAUGAUCACGGUGUUCUCGCUGAUAGGAAGCUUGAGGUCACUCUGGGAACAGUUUAAGGGCCACUUCAAGUGUCGCUGAUUUUAAUUGAUGGCGCGAUUUGAUGGAGGGCGUGCGCGCGGUCGUUAGUUUUGACGGAUUACCGAUGUUCUACACCCAGAUGCGGUCUGCUGACGAUGAUGAGUUUUUUUUAUUGAAACUUUGAGGAUGGCGUUGAUUUGUUUAAAGGCGAUGAGCUCGAUCGUUGCGCUGUGAAACCGAAUCUGUUCGAGUGAAUGUUAUUUAAAGAAAUCUGGUGGGAUGAUUGGUACAAGAGAAUUUACGAUAGAAUUGAAAUUUCCCCUCUGCUUUGACUAAUUUAUAAACUUCAUUGUAUGAUAAAUCAUUUGACAUAAUAAAGCUUCAAUCCUUCUCGAUA